GUUGAUAUCAAUUUAUAGUAAAUUUUUCAGGGCUUAUUUUAUUAAUCACUCUUGAAAUUUUGUUGACAAAUUUUGACUGGGUUGCAAGGAUAAAAUAGCAAAGGGUUUAUUUUUAAAACAACAUUUUGGUGUGAGUUGUUACUGUAGAAAAGUGCACUUUUGUACAGGAAUCAUCACUCACCCAAAUGGAUUUUUGUAGCCUGAAUCACAAAACAUUUUAUAAAUAUUAUAAAAUACUAAAUUAGUUAUCUGGUGUGAAUUUAUUUGCUAGACAUAGAUAACUGAAAUUCAAGAUUUCUGUUGCACUUGGAUCGCAACUUAAAUAUGUAUGUAAACCAGCUAUGUUCUCAGUGUGAUUUGGUGAUUUUAGUGUCAUUGUGAGAUGACUGCAGAUACUCUGGGACAACAUGUGUGUUAAAAUACAUAGAAAGUCUAACAAUAUCAUGCUUAAAUUGCACUGAGGUUGCAGCUGGUUGCAACACAAGUGCAGCAGAAAACUCAAAGGAAAUAGCAAACAUUUUCUGUGUAAAUGGGCCUUAAGUCUUAGUUAGCUUUCGCCAUUCUUGUCCCCGGAGGCCACAAUCCUUUUAGUCAGCAUCAAGAAAUGCAACCUCUGGCAACAGCUUAUUUUUUAAAGCAGGUGCAGAGUACUCAUUCUCAGUUUAUUUUCAGCCAAUUAGUUUUCGGCAAAAUCUUUCAGUAACUGUUUAUAGCAAACUUGCAAAUCAGAAAAGGUCAGAGAUCUUGAUUCUUGGUGCCAACAAAAAGGAUUACAAUCUCUUGGGAUGUUAAAUUUGAAAUGGUUUAAUAGGAUUUCUUUUUUGCUUUUGGGCGAACAGCUUUUCAUGGUUAUGAACAAAAGCCAAAAUACCAAUUAUGUAAAACCAUGCUAGAGAAAGCUAAAUGUUUUUUUUUAACUAUUCAGUUUAACCUCAACUGAGGGGCAAGGAUUUGAUUGGGCACCUUUGAUAUUUUACACUAAAAUUUUCUAAAUUUACUUGUUAGUGGUGUGGCAGUGCCACAUGUACAUACAAUAUUUGCAAUAAUGCCAAAAUGUAUGUAACCAUAUUUUUCAACUGUCAUUUCAUGUACAACAACUAUUUGCAGGCAUUUUAAGCAUGUAUCAGUCUGCUGGGAAUAUAAUUAAUUUAAGUGUUAAAGUUUCAUGUCAUCCAUAAGAACUUGGUGCUUUCACUUACAGCCCCUUUUUUUCAUACUCAUUUUGUCACAUGAUGUUUCAAUUUUUUUUUUCCUUUGUCAAAGUGAAGAAAGGAAUAAAUCACCGCUUCCCUCCCUGGAGAAAACUCCCUUAAUCCAUUGACGCUAUUGCCGCCCGUAAUGAACGUUAGCCUUUGUUCUAUACUCAAGUUCUGCAGCAGGAAAAAAAAUUAUCUUCAAUGAUACCCAGAUCAGAGUCAUUAAGUCAAUUGAGCGUGAAAUAUGCACGAAAAUGCUCAGCAAUGUGAGUCAAAAUCUCGGAGCAAAAUUUCCCCCAACUAUACACAUGAAUUGGCAGCAAGCACACUGGAAGGUCAACAACUGUAGCAAAAAGAUAAGAAAUGGAGAAAAAGGAAAGGUGGGAAAAAAUUAACAAAAAACACGAAAAGCCUAAAGACAUAGGUCACUUUCUCGUCCAAGAAAUUUUGCUAUUAAAGCUUAUUAAAAUAAAGAUAAACAACAAUACACGCCGAGACUGAAUUUAGACGUGGUCUUGUGUAACUACAGUAUUAUUCGACGUAAAGCGGUUAGCAUGGCUGUUUAAUGCAGGAUUCAAGGUGGUAUGUGUGUCCCGGUGGUAGUUUACACUUGCUACAAGUCGACCGGCUGUGUUUAAUCUUUCGUUUAUUCAUGUCCCUCGAACGAAGCCAGGGAAGUAAUAUUGGAAACGACUUCUAGAAGGUCUGUCAUAGUUCAGCAGAAACAAAAAAGACCAAGACACGAGAACUUGUAUUUGAACCACAACUUAUUUUGUUUUCCACAAAGAUGUAGCAGCUUCAGUUCAGUAAACUAUCUAUUGACUGUUUCAAACUGUCCUUGGUCUGUCUUGAAUCGAGAAACCAACUGUAGAUGUCCCGGCUCGAGAUAAAUCAGUUCAUUCCCUCUCUCCGAGUCUCUGCCACACAGACGGACUAGACAGUCCAGCUAGACUAUAAAGGAUCAGAGCGGAAAGACUAGACCACUUCAAAGGUGUCCAGUUAGCAAUAGCCUGUGAUCAUGUGACAGUUGUGUGCAUUUUUUGAUGAUUAUCCAAUAAGGGCUCUUGAUACAGACAAGGGGAUUAGCGUCUUUUUGACGCUAAUCCCUCUGUUUAUAUCAAAUGCCCCCAUUGGAUAAUAACCAAAAACUGUUCAAGAAAUGCGAAGUGUUCAUGGUUUGAGUGUCCUCUGGAAUUUGGCGGUCCUGAUUUAGACCCCCGUUGGAAAUUUUGAAAACAAUCCCUAACUGAGAUACCAAGAUCCCUUUUGUGGGCGUGGCUUGAAACUUUUUUCACCCCUAAGAGGUACCAAUUCCGAGGCUUUUAUAAGUUUUGAUAGUGAUGAGGACGAUUGCUUCAAAUACCUUCUACUCGCUAAAUUGGUCGUCAUCUUGUUGUUUCAAUUGAGCUACUCAUUGGUGUUGGUGCUUUUUCUUUUGUCAUUGAAACAAUUGUCUUUUUUUUUUUCGUUUAAAUUUACUUAUGAAUAGCUUAUUUUGUUUUUCCUUUACUUUAUGCGAAUGUAGCCGUCGGAGAUUGAUUAAAAGUUGUCCAGCGUUGUAAAAUCAUUUCAGCUACGGUAUCUCUUGUCAUGUUUUAAUUCGGCUCAAUACCCUAAAAAACUCCCGCCGUGGACCUUGUGAGGCUGAACACCAUUAAGAGGUGCCAAAACCGCUUAGGUACGACGGGCAUCCCCCGCACUUUUCAUAUGGGAAUAAACCCGUGCCACGAUCAUGCAUGGAACGUAUUGACCGAAGCCGAACCGAAAGACGACCAAAAAGAGUACAGUAGCCUCUUAUUCUGUAUAAAGGGUAACUCGUGACUCGUCACGAUCAGUUUGGCCAUGGAUAGUGGACUAUCCAUGGUUUGGCAGCUUCGAACACGGGAGCAUCGAAUCGUUUCUAAAAAACAGAAAAAAAUAUCAAUCACAGUUCUUUUAAAUUCAGUUCUUUCUACUUUGUAUUUCAGGCGUCGUCCCGAAAUCGCGGGACUCACUAAUUUCAGAUGAGCAAAAAGGAAAGAAAAGAAAAAGAAAAGAAAAGGAGAAGAAAGUUAUUCCAAGCCGCCUAUAAAGUGCGCAUAUGUAAUCAAUAGGACCAUUCUUGCGCCAGAUCAACAACUACACUGUACAUGUACGUUUCAGACACAAAGACAAAACACUUGGAAGCUACGUGACAGAAAUAAUUAAGUGACCAGUACUGGAGUUAAGUGAGUGAAGUCUGUUCUUAUAGUCGCAAAAGCCUGUUUUCAUAUAAUGUUCAAAUAUUCUGAAGACUUCUCUGAAGGACAGCUAAAUUAGCCGGAAUACAGGUAAACAAAGGUAAACAGUAACACAACACCGCCACGCGGACAAAGGUCAAUAUUCAAGCUCAGUCUCCGGCGAACUUGUUACGAGUAUCAUGCAAUCAAUACAACCAGUUUUUGCAGACCUAGGCUAAGCCAGGACAGUUCCAACGAGAGAGUUUAGCACAAUAGCUUAACUUGAAACGACAGCAAAAGAAGACAAGAGAUCUUCGCGUCCUACAAUCGCCGUCUUGUAAAUACGAUUCAAUUGUUGUUUGCAAAUUUCGCCUUCAACAGGAUUACUUCCACACACGAUUUGCAACUGGUUAACUGAAAAGAUAGAAAAGGAAGUUAAAAGAUCUUCGCCCAGACAUGGCGUCCGAACAGCAGGGCAACGAAGGCAUCGCCAUGACCGCACAAAACCAAGCGACAGUCGUACCCUUGGACGAACAUUCACCUCUGUUGUCGGUGCAAGAUGAUGUGAGAUCGAGAACGAAUUCGGGCAUCGCCGGAGGGAGUUUAUCGCGAGGCGGCUUCUCUCAGAGCGUACACAAGCUAAAGUUGGCGACCAUGACCGUUUCGCUGCUGGAAAAGCCUUCAGAUGAUCGACGUGCCUCGGCUUUCCUCGCGGGUUGGAAUGUCACAAACCUCAUCCAAGGAACGGGCAUCCUUGGGGUACCGUACGCCGUGCGGAUGGGUGGAUGGGCGGCCGUUGCCGCCAAUGCGCUCAUCGCCUUUUUGUGUUGCUACACCGGGAAGUUGUUGAUCGAGUGUUUAUAUGAAAAGUCCAAGCGCACGGGGAAGGUGAAGCGAGUCCGAGUCAACUACCCAGAAGUCGGAGAAGCCGUCUGGCCCGGGUGGGGGAACCGCAUUGUGAGUUUGGUGCAGUUUAUUGAGAUGUAUGGUGGUAUCAUCACUUACCUUGUCUUACUGGGUACCAUUUUUAAUGAUAUCUUAUACAAGUAUGCCCCGUUUGAUAUCUACACCUGGUCUUCCAUCAGCGCAUGCAUCGCUCUUCCUACCUUUUUUCUCCGUCGGGUAUCAGUGAUUGCUUGGAUCAGCAUGAUCUCAGUGUUCGCACUGAUGUCAUCCAUCUUUACAAUCAUCAUCUACUCAAUCACCCAGUACAAGGAUAUGUCUAUUGACAACAUUCCUACAUUUGACAUCAAUACCUUCCCUGUUGGAUUUGGCGUCAUUGUCUUCAGCUACACUGCCCAUGCAGUGUUCCCAGGAGUAGAGGGAAGCAUGAAGCACCCUAAGCAGUAUCCGAUGAUGAUGAACGUUGCAUUCCUACUGGCAGCAGUAGUCAAAGUUGCUUUUGGCCUUCUUCCUGUGCUACGAUUUGGAGAAGGUACCGAGCAAGCCAUCACUGUCAACCUCAAAACCAAUCGGGUAUUCUACAUUCUGGCCAAUGCCUUGGUUGUAACAAAUGUGUUCACAGCUUUCCCUAUCGUUAGCUACAUUGUGCUGGAAACACUUGAUCACCAGAUCCUGCCGUACUUUCCACACCUGCAUAAAGAUUCAGGGAAUCACUGGUUUUGGAUCAUAUUAUCGCGCCCAUUAGUCCUGACCUUUGGUCUAUUGAUGGCGAUAGUCGUACCACAUUUUGGCUUAUUCAUGGGCUUAGUGGGUAGCUUUACUGGUACCUGUCUCUGUUUUGUGUUCCCCUGUCUUUUCCACAUGGUUCUGAAAUGGAAUGAGCUCAAAUGGUACAACAUAGUGGUAAGGGUUUCUGUCAUCGUUUUGGGCCUCAUUUGCGGGGCUCUUGGCAUUGUAUUUACCGGCAAACAGCUAGCAAAUGCUUUUACUGGAUUUUAAUUCAUCUGUUAUCAAAUGGGGAUCUAUUGACUGGAACUACUAGAAUUGUGAGCUGAACAAACAAUUUGAAAAUGUCCUAUAUAAAAGAUACUGUUCUAUUUACAAACUGAUUUGUGGGAAAUAAGGGACAGAAAUUAAAUCUGCUGAUAUUCAUGGAGAAUCUCAUAGCUCAUUAUUGGUAAUUAACCAGAGGCUGUGAACAUUUGGGCAAAACAUUACUCAUGGGAACAAGUGCCCUUUUGGGAAAUCAACAUCAAUUAAUAAAUUGUUUAAGGACUCUUGAACAUUCUAAAACAGUCAAACCAGGGUAUGUAGUAUUGUUUAGCAAUUUCAGGUAUGAAAAUCAAAUUUUCUGGAGCUGAAUGUUGCCAGCCAUCAUCAGCAAGUACUUGUUUCCCUGACUGCCAGAUAUUCCAUAAUGCCUGAUGUAUGAUUCUACAAAAUAUCCAUACUCCUCCCAUGCAUGGGAGGUCUAUGACCUGUUAGUGCACCCCUCUAGAAAUUCCAGCCUAGCUUUAUGCUUUCUUUUAAAAGUAUAAUGGCUCUUCAAGUCUGCCUUCAUAGUUAUGGAUAUUUCCUAACAGCACACAAUGCAGUUUAGAUUCCUGAUUCUAACCCCAAAACUCAGUAUAAAAUGUCAGUCAUUGUCUCUUUUCAUAACAUAGACAAAUAGCAACUUGUGGUUUUUUUGAGUAUUUUCAGACAGGUCCUGCUUUUAAGACUCAAGUGUCUCUAACAGGUGCUGAAUUUUUGUCAAAGUUUCUUCAAAGGGUACAAAUUGUGAGCUGCAUGUUCAGAGUUUCUUGAAAAUUUCACUUCUAUGGAGCAGGAUAUGGAGAGCUAAUAAAACAAGUAAUAUUUUGAAGCAAAAUUUUGUGUGCCAAAAAUCUCCUAAUAUAUGUGAUGAGUUAAUUAUUUUUCAUGAGUUCUGAUAGCAUUGAUUCAAAAUAGAAGAGUUUUAACAUAGCACCCAUUAUGAGUUAAGGGAGUAGAGGUCGGGAAAUUUUCACAAUUCCCAGUAUAUUUAAAUAUACCGGUGGCAUGAAUGAGGAAAGUACCACACAAACAGAAUAUUGCGUGACACUUGCUCUUUAAUUAAGUGAUACAGAAAGAAUAAGGAUACACAGUUAUUUAAUUAAUAUUUUUACCUGAAGAUCCAGUGCACAAAAACAUCCAUGUUAACUCUUCCCAAUUAUCCAGGAGUCUCCUAGUCACAGACUGAAUCAGCUGGUCUUCUGUACAGGUCUCCAAAUCUCCUGGAUAUGAAGGAACAUGCUGAAACCUUUUUUUACAUUUUUUUGGCUGAUUUUUGGCAUUUUUCAGGGGAAAACAUUUUGGAUAUUUGAGGUAGUUUAUUGUUUGAAUCAGCACGACUCUGCUUUUAACACCUUUUUUAGGAUCAAGAAUGAAAAAUUGACAAUCUCCCAGAGUUUGAUUUUUUAAGGUUGGCAUCUCUGCAAAGAGCCAUCAGUCAAAGACAAGCAUCUUUCUUAGGUCAUAGCCUUUAGUGCCUCUGUUUAGAUUUCACACUGCUUUGUAGCUUGUGCAUGGUGUUAAGUAAGUUAAACCUUGGGUUCCCAUGACAUAGAGUAAUAGGGGUAUCAAUUUAUUAUUGGUCAAAAUAUGUGAAAAUUAGCUUAAAUUUAAGCUGCCUCCUCCCCUUCCUUUCCUGUCCUUCUCCAGGUUUAUAGGGAGUACCACAAUGGCAUUAGCAACAGGAAUGUCACCAAACAAACAGGUUAUGCACGUACAUUAUAAUUCUUGGGAAUUCUUGUUAAAAUUUGAAAAUAUCUUUUUCGAAUUUUAAAACAUAUUAGUUUUGGGAUAGCAGUGACAGUGAUAGACAGUGAGAGAUUCAUAGGUUGAAUAUGAAUUCAUAUUUUUACAUUGUCCUUGGGGUUGCCAUUGUGGUUGCUUAAGCUUUCUAAUGGCUCCUUGGAGAAAGCAAUAGGUGGGGAUGAAAUGGAGACUACAUGAAGAGUAUAUUCUCACAAAUAGGGAAAUUGGAGCAAACAAUCAUUGGUGUUUUGUUUCUUCUACAUGCAAUUAUAUAUUACGCUGUAUAAUUUACAUAAAUACUUAUCAGUACAUGGACAUGUAAUAACAGAGGCUGUGUGUUUAGUAAGCAACUGUGUUUAUUUUUUGCCCAAUAAAACCAUAAUUAUUAUUUCAAGAUGUA